AUGGCAACAUCAAUCUCAUCCGUGCUUGUCGAUUGUCUCAGAUGCUUUAAUGCUCUAACGACUCGAGCCGAACUGGCGCUCUACGCAGCUGAGGUACCCACGAACCUGUGGACUGACGAACUGGGAAGGCUGCGAGUCUGGGCUGCAAAUAUCGGAGCUCAUCAGACGGGACAAUCCUCACUUGACUAUCGUCUUAGGGAUGCAUCUCAUAUCAAAGCUCAGACACUCAAGCUACUGGAGCGGCUCCGGCGAACACUCGACGAUGCGGAGGAAUUCCUGACGCGCGGUCCUGAGGACGACGACAACUCAUCAGCGGCCGAUGAAGACGAAACAGAGCUGCAACAGGUCUACAAGGGCCUCGUCGACACGACCGAUUGCCUUUUCCAGCUGAGCAUGAUAAUCCGGCGGCCGGCACAGCACGACAGACUUAUUGGGACCAAGAAGCUAGACGCAACUGUCUUUGAGCCUUUCGAUAGACAACAUGUGGCCAACAAACACCCCAAAGCUGCCAGCAUUGUUGUUGACCGACUUGGAACCGCCAUAUCGCGACGUCGAGCGGCACUGAAGUAUCGUGAGAGACAUCAUGCGAAGCUGGCCAAGGGCAUCGAGCGUGCUACAGGGGCCGAGCCUCUCGAUCACACCUCGGCAGCAGACUUGGACGAGCGACGUGAUGCGCCAUCGACCCUGCUGUCACAGACGAUUGCUACUGAGUUUGAUGAGACUCAUAUCGAUUAUGACGAGGCUGCCUCCAACUCUGGGGCUUCUCAGACCUCCUAUGCCCCAAGUCUUUGGGAAAACAGCGGCCGUAUUACGGUCCCCUCUAUUCCCAAAGGUGGGAGCUACGGAAAGGCGUUUGAGUGCCCUUAUUGCUUCUUCAUCGUUACAGUGUCGAACAGGAGAUCUUGGGCUCGACAUGUCUUGAAGGAUUUGAUGCCAUACAUAUGCGUGUUUCCAGACUGCCCUACCCCAAAUCGCCUGUACGACAGUCGUCGCGAAUGGUUCCACCACUUACGCACAAAGCACCUCCCAUCCUUCGAACCCGGUGAAAUGGGCAGCUGCCUACUGCGCUGCGGAGAGAGUGUACCUGUUGUGUUGCUUGAAGGACAUCUUGGUCGACAUCUGGAAGAGUUAGCAUUAUUCGCCCUACCAAGAGUUGACACAGGAGACGAAGAAAACUCCGACGAGUCACAAGCGUCGAUCGCACGAGCUGCUGACCUGGAUGAAGCGAGCAGUACAUCUUCAAACGAAGCACCAGGGGCAGCGGAGUCGGCGUCUGCAGCCAAAGAAUACAUCUACAUAAGGAUGGACGGACAGGUUGGUAAUGUUCACCAUGUCCAGCUAGCAGAAGGCCUUGAUACGGCCCUUACUGGGACUAUUUAUGUCCACCUAAGAGAGGCCCUCCAGGUGGGUCAGCGCGUUGUGCUGAGUGGCAUGGAUGGGCCAUUUGCUACCAAUAUACGGGACAUCCGUAGACUUGGCUCGCCGCUGCCGCACAACCUUUCCGAGAAGUGCCAGCCCUCGGAGAAAUAUUUCUCAAUGGACGCCGAUGGUUAUCUUUCGAAAGACCACGACGAUUAUUUCUCAAUAGAUGCCCCUGGUAUUGGAAGGGCCGUUGUUGGGUCUCCCUUACUCUUGGUGAGGGACGGCGACGAUGAGAAGCAGCUGAUGACCCGUCUGCGUGCCUGGAACAAAUUGCAGGAGGAACGCAGACCAAUGGAGCAGGUAUCGGAAGCUGACAGCGACAGCGUCGUGGAAGGGAUAGAAAAGCCUGAUCCCAACGACCCUGUUUCUUUCGAAUCCCCUCCUCGUUCGCAAAAUGACCCCGAAGAGACCUUCUACAGCCACGAUGAGCAUCACGAUUACAGAGGAUCCGUUGAGUCGCUGGUGCGUGAGCCUGUGCAACAGGGCUUUCGGGUUGUUGUAUCCAAUGUGGCAGACUCGGUAUCAACAGACGACCUCAAACAAUAUAUGAGCCAAGCUGGAGAAGUCCUGUCGGUCGUACGUCUUGCGGAGCAAUCUGCGAUAGUGGAAUACGCAACUAUGGAACAGGUUCGGCAAGCAAUUCUGAAGUUCCAUGACGGUGUCCUCAUGGGGCUUCCCAUCACUGUCCGGGAGAUGUUCAUACUUAAACGUUCGGAGAAGCUUGUACCCAUGGCACGUCCGGAUGACGGGGUACCUGAAGACAUUCCAGAGUUCGACAAAGAUGGGAAUGACACUGAUCCCGACGAUGAAGAAAGUCCUCCAGGACAAUCUCAUCAGUUCGCUGGUCUUGAAAGCGCAAACAGCCCUCUAGAACGAGCGGGAAGGCUGUGGGCAAGCUUCCACAGUGAAUGGCUUCCACGGUGCAAUGACUUUCUCAUGAAUCCUCCCACAACGGCCGAAGAACGUGCAAAGGCCGCCCAGGAAUUGCACGAUGGCAUCACGGCAAAUAUCAAGACCAAGGUGUAUUUAAUCAAACCGGAUACCACUGAAACCAAGGGAUCAUUGAGCAGCCUCCUCAAGAAGAUCGACCGAGUGAUGAGCAGGCUAGAUGAAGUAGGGGCCGUAACCGGGGCAGAUGAUGCCGCGCGCGAGUCUCCCACAACAAAGCCCGAAGAGAGCGCUCCUAUCAGAUUUACCGAUGCGAUGAACCGGCAAUAUGUGUUUCCAUGGGAGCUGUGCAACAAAUGGAAGGGUAUGGAAGCACUUGUGACUCAAUGCUUGACGCAGUUUGAAGACCUGGCGCAAGAUUUCGCCGCCGGCUACUACGACCUACUAGGACCUACCAAGCAAAUCAUCAGACCCCAGGAUUGGGAGGAUGUCAUCGAACCGGGCAUGCAGAUUACCAUGCAGAUGUGGGCCCCAUCAUUCCGAUUCGUCCUUCGCGAGCAAGACGCCUCGAACUUGACGGUUCGGGCGCCCAUGCAUAGGCGGAAGGUACCGUCUGUGGUUUCGGAUCAAAAGAGCGAGCUAUCUGAUGCACAGGAGGAGUAUCUACCAGAAGACAUCGAUGUUUACGUCAUGCCGAAGUAUAGAAGGCGUGCAAGGAGUGAUCCGCGUGUGGGUGUGGAUAAUCUUGUCCGACCGCAAAACAUCGAAACCUCAGUACAACAGCCAUUGGAGGAUGGAUUCUACUAUGACCUCUGGAGUCAAACAUCGUUGCCUGGGACACCUCCAACUUACGAGCCUCUGGGCGACAUCACUGUGCCUCAGACCGGGCAGCGCGCCGAAGAUAUUGAGACCCCUCCAGAUACUUCUCACACCCCAUAUAAUCCACCUCCGUCACCGGGGCAAGUAGGCUCAACUUCCCAACCUCUCCUCGAAGACGCACAGAGAGAGGGCUACGCGCAACCACAGGAAAGAAUCCCCACCAUCUCCACGACUGCCGACAUCCACCACACGUACAACACACAGUUUGAAGGUAUACUCCACCCUGGCAGAUCCGGACGCCACGUACAACUACCCGAAAGAACCCCCAACAUCUCCACCGCUUCCGACAUCCACCACACGUACAACACACAGUUUGAAGAUGUCCUCCACCCAGGCAGAUCCGGACGACACGAUGCUGCACAUCCGCGCCCGAACACCACGCCCGUGGCCUUCGAGUGGAAGCUCAGCGGCGAGACAGUCUACGUGAGCUGCUCCUAUGACGGAUGGAACAGCAUGUACGUCCUGCUUGAGCACCAGGAGGAUUGGCCCGGCAAGUCCCGCGUCCUUCAUCUCCCACCUGGGCGUCACCGUGUCCUGUUCCACGUCGACGGAGAGGUGGAGACCAGCCCGGAUUUACCCACCGUUAUGGAUAGUGUGCUUGACCUUCGCGUCAAUUACGUCGACGUGGCGGCCGUGGCGCAGGAGGACACGGGGGCAUAG